AUGAAGAAGGAAGAGGAAGGGGAAGAAGAAGGAAGAAGAAAGAAAAGGGAAGAAGAGGAAAGAAGAAGAAGGAAGAGGAGGAGGAAGAAGAAGAAGGGGAAGAAGGGGAAGAAGAAGAAGGGGAAGAAGGGGAAGAAGAGGAAGAAGGGGAAGAUGAGGAAUAAGAGGAAGAAGGGGAAGAAGAGGAAGAAGAGGAAGAAGGGGAAGAAGAGGAAGAAGGGGAAGAAGAGGAAGAAGGGGAAGAAGAGGAAGAAGGAUGAAGAAGGAAGAGGAAGGGGAAGAAGAAGGAAGAAGAAAGAAAAGGGAAGAAGAGGAAAGAAGAAGAAGGAAGAGGAGGAGGAAGAAGAAGAAGGGGAAGAAGAAGGGGAAGAAGAGGAAGAAGGGGAAGAAGGGGAAGAAGAGGAAGAAGAGGAAGAAGGGGAAGAAGAGGAAGAAGAGGAAGAAGGGGAAGAAGGGGAAGAAGAGGAAGGAGGGGAAGAAGAGGAAGAAGAGAAAGAAGGGGAAAGAAGAAGAAGGAAGAGGAGGAGGAAGAAGGGAAAGAAGAGGAAGAAGGGGAAGAAGGGGAAGAAGAGGAAGAAGAGGAAGAAGGGGAAGAAGGGGAAGAAGAGGAAGGAGGGGAAGAAGAGGAAGAAGAGAAAGAAGGGGAAAAAGAGGAAGAAGAUGAAGUAA